GUGCUUCUUUCUCCACGUCCGUUCUCUGACAGAUGCCAGAAUCGACACACUGAAGCGGUCUGUUGACGGGACGAGAAACAGCUUCUUCGCCUGUGGCAUAGCAGUCUAUCGUGGACUGAGAUCAUUUCAUUUCGCUAUGGGGGCAUCUUCUUCCAGUCUGCUGGAUGAGACUAAAUCCAACUACAUCAGAGGUUGUGCGGAGUCCGAGCUGAAGAACUUCAGUCCCCACUACAGGCAGCAGUACUUUGUAGCCUUCUUCUCUCAGCUGCAGGAGGAGGUGGAGCAACACAAAGAGACACACACUCAGCUCCUUAAACAGAGGGAGCCCCUUAGGCCAGAGGAAGUUCUGUAUCAGGACAGUGUUCUGCACUAUGACGACACCGGGAAGUGGAAGGAGAGGUUUGUGGUGAUGAGAGCCAAUCACAGCCUGGAGUGUCAUGACAACCAGGAGAGCUUCAGUAAAGGUGUUCCGGCCAGACAGAGACUCCUGCCAACAGGGGGCGUAGUUCUGACAUCAGAGGACAAGUACUCAGCGCUGGUGGACAAGGCCUUCCCUGACCCUAAAUGUUUGAAGGAGGAGACAUCUCCCCCCAUGGUAGUGGUACCUUCCGGUCAGUUCCCUGUCUACCUCAGACUGCCCUACAGACGUGACGUGUACUUCAGCUUCCCCCAGGAGGACCGACGAGCGACCUUCCUCUCCGCCCUCACGGGCUGCAUCAGGCACCAGAACCACGAUUCUCUGAGGAGGUCUUCCUGUGAGUGUCAGGCGUUCCUCAAGGCCAUACAUUUCUACCGCCAGGAGAAAGGACACUAUGAGUCCUGGGACAUGCUGGUGGGCUGUGAGGAGCAGGUCCUCGCCAAUCUGGUUUUGGAGGAGCUACAGCCCUCUCUACAGACAGAACUGCUGGCCAGACUAAAGGGAAAGAAAGCAGGGAGGAAGAGAGUCUGGUUCACCACGUUGGAAGCCGCGUACCACCUGGUCCAGGAUCAGCUGAGGGAGGGUCUGAAGGGACUGAAGGAGGAGUGUAAUGAGACAGCCAGGUCUCAUGAAGCUCUGCUUCGCUCUGAUAUGGACCAGAUAGCCAGUUCUAGAAAAUUCCUGCAGGCCAAGCUACAAGCCUCCGUCAGUGAUCCAGCAGCAAAGUUCUGCAGUGAGAACGUGUCUCCGUACCUGGCGUCCAUCUUGGAAGAGCUGAUGUCUCCGGUGACGGGGGGCUUCCAGGGGGUCCGGCUUCUCCUGGAGGGGGAGAUGAACACUCUCUGCCUGGGCUUCCCCGAGGGAGCGGGGCAGGAGGGGUUAAACCAGGCACUGGGUCAGAUGUGUCAGGCAAGUCUGGAAGAGUGUUACCAGAAAGUGGAAGUCCUGACAGAACAGCUUCAGGAACUCAGGCAUCGCUUCAAGUUCUCCAACUCAGUUCGUCUGAUCCACUGCACGCAGAUAGACAUGCAACAGCUGAUGGAGAAUGCCGUGUACACCUUUAAAUUGCUCCUCCAGAGCUCACUGAAAGACAACACUUCCAAACUCACCUCAGCCAUGGAGAAAGCAAAGCUCAGAGUCCUCAAGCAAUAUGACCAUGACAGUAGCACGGUGAGGAAGAGGAUCUUUCAGAAGGCUCUGGUUGACAUCGCACUUCCUGCUAUCAGGAGGAACCUGGCUCCGGCACACAAACCGGACCUGCAGAAGUUGGACCAGUACAUCUUUGCUGAUUACACCAACUUCAUCAAAGUGGAAAACAUUUAUGAAGAUAUUCUACUGAACAUUCUGACCAUUGAGGUGGACAAAGUGGUGAAAGAAGCUGCCAGUCUGAGGAAGAACAACUUGAUGGUGGACAGUACUGACCUGCAGAGUAUCAGCCAGAGCAGCCUGACAGACAGGCGCACCCCUCCCCUCUCCGCCCCCGCCAGCCCUGCCAAGAUGGCUGUCUCUGGGCUGAGCAGACAGGCAGAGCGAGAACCUUCUCCCCUGGUGCAGAACUUGUCUUCUAGCGCUGGGAGGCUGGAGGUGGAAGGCGGCCCAGUGGCCCCAGAUAUGGCUGCCCUCACUCCUCCUGUCAUUGUCAUAACUCCACAAAGUGAGGCUCCAGACCCAGACCCAGCCCCACUCUCACUCCCAGGCCCAGCACAUAUACUUACCUAUACUGCUGAUGUCUCUGUAGCAGAGCCUGAUACCCCUUCACCUCUACCUGAUACCCCUUCACCUCUACCUGAUACCCCUUCACCUCUACCUGAUACCCCUUCACCUCUACCUGAUACCCCUUCACCUCUACCCGAUACCCCUUCACCUCUACCCGAUACCCCUUCACCUCUACCUGAUACCCAUUCACCUCUACCUGAUACCCCUUCACCUCUACCUGAUACCCCUUCACCUCUACCUGAUACCCCUUCACCUCUACCUGAAAUGUCCUCUGCUGAAAGUGAUUACCCUGCUGGUGCUGCCUCAACCAAACCUGAUGCUUCCUUAGUCAAUCAUGACGCCCCUUUGGCCACAAUCACACCUUAUGCCCCUUCCCCCCAGCCUCCUAUUCCUGUGGCUGAACCAGCUCCCCAGACACCGGAAGUUACAGACACAGCCAAAGUAUCCCAACCACCAGGAACUGAAGACAAACCAGACACAGUCAAAGCCAGAAACAGCCCAGUGAGUGACAGUGUGUCGGUGUGUGUCGAGGCUCUGUCAGCAGUGAGUAUGAUUCUUCCUGAGGCCACGGUGCUCUCCACCGGUCAGAGACAGAGACAAGCCACAGACAGAGCAGUCUACCUGAAAACUCCUGCAGGGGUGAAGGAGGGGGCAUCUGUACCUCUCACCGUGGACGAGAAGGAAGAGGAGGAAGAACAUCUUUGUAAGGAGGCAGAAGCACAUCACAUGGGUACAGCCCCAUCCAACAUGGGUACAGGCCCAUCCAACAUUGGUACAGCCCCAUCCAACAUUGGUACAGGCCCAUCCAACAUUGGUACAGCCCCAUCCAACAUUGGUACAGGCCCAUCCAACAUUGGUACAGGCCCAUCCAACAUUGGUACAGGCCCAUCCAACAUUGGUACAGGCCCAUCCAACAUUGGUACAGGCCCAUCCAACAUUGGUACAGGCCCAUCCAACAUUGGUACAGGCCCAUCCAACAUUGGUACAGCCCCAUCCAACAUUGGUACAGGCCCAUCCAAUAUUGGUACAGGCCCAUCCAAUAUUGGUACAGGCCCAUCCAACAUGGGUACAGGCCCAUCAACUGAACCAGCCUCCCAGACUCAGAAUGACCUUAACCCCACAGGAUCAGAGAUGCAGCCUGGAGGCAGUGAGGACAGAGCUGAAGUUACCUCCGUCACUAGAGUUACUGUCACGGAGAGCGAGGGUGCCCUGCUUGCAUGCAAUACCCUGGUCACAUCACGAGGGGGUGCUACUACUCCACUCACUGGGCCUGGGCAGGGUGUAGUGGAGGCAGGGGUUGGAGGAGAGGCUCUGGGGGGUGUAGUGGAGGCAGGGGACAGAGGAGAGGCUCUGGGGGGUGUAGUGGAGGCAGAGGACAGAGGAGAGGCUCUGGGGGGUGUAGUGGAGGCAGAGGACAGAGGAGAGGCUCUGGGGGGUGUAGUGGAGGCAGAGGACAGAGGAAGGCUCUGGGGGUGUAGUGGAGGCAGAGGACAGAGGAGAGGCUCUGGGGGGUGUAGUGGAGGCAGAGGACAGAGGAGAGGCUCUGGGGGGUGUAGUGGAGGCAGAGGACAGAAGAAAGGCUCUGGGGGGUGUAGUGGAGGCUCUGGGGCUACAGUCUAACAGAGUGGGGAUGGAGGGAGAGGAGGAAGCGGUUCCACUGGGUAGUGUGCAGUCCAUCCGUGACUUGGUGAUGGAGGUAGUGGAGGUGGAAGAGCUGAUACAGAGGUGUCCCCCAGAAAACAGCACUCCCUAGCUGGGGAAAGAACGACUAGGGGGGUGUACCAACAGCAGAGCAAUCAACGGUGUUCACUUUGAACCCAAUUCAAAAUCUAUUAACUAUUUAUAUGUCAAAUAAAUGACUGAAAAUGUUUACUCUACAGACUGAUAGAAGUUGAGGAGGUAAUUAUCUCUCUCCUCCCUCCUCAGAGGAGCACACAGACUGAUAGAAGUUGAGGAGGUAAUUAUCUCUCUCCUCCCUCCUCAGAGGAGCACACAGACUGAUAGAAGUUGAGGAGGUAAUUAUCUCUCUCCUCCCUCAGAGGAGCACACAGACUGAUAGAAGUUGAGGAGGUAAUUAUCUCUCUCCUCCCUCCUCAGAGGAGCACACAGACUGAUAGAAGUUGAGGAGGUAAUUAUCUCUCCUCCCUCCUCAGAGGAGCACACAGACUGAUAGAAGUUGAGGAGGUAAUUAUCUCUCUCCUCCCUCCUCAGAGGAGCACAGACUGAUAGAAGUUGAGGAGGUAAUUAUCUCUCUCCUCCCUCCUCAGAGGAGCACAAACUGAUAGAAGUUGAGGAGGUAAUUAUCUCUCCUCCCUCCUCAGAGGAGCACAGACUGAUAGAAGUUGAGGAGGUAAUUAUCUCUCCUCCCUCCUCAGAGGAGCACACAGACUGAUAGAAGUUGAGGAGGUAAUUAUCUCUCCUCCCUCCUCAGAGGAGCACACAGACUGAUAGAAGUUGAGGAGGUAAUUAUCUCUCUCCUCCCUCCUCAGAGGAGCACACAGACUGGAGAAGAAGGAAAACUGACCUAAUGACAUAAACGUUAACAUCUGAUAGCUAUACUAACAAGGACUGCUAUUGGUGCAGCAGACGAUAAUACAACUUUCACUUACAUAAUCAAUUUAAUAAUAAUAAUAAUAAUAAUAAUAAUAAUAAUAACUUUCACUCAAUUUUAUAUUGAACAACUUUGCUUUUUGUUGUUGAAUUAAUUGUCAUCUUUUUAAUAUUUUUGGGGGGAUUGAAAUGAGCACCGUCCCUUCCAUUUUGUUCUGUUGGUUUUACCGUGACAACAGAUGUAUUUACCGUGACAACAGAUGUAUUUACCGUGACAACAGAUGUAUUUACCGUGACAACAGAUGUAUUUACCGUGACAACAGAUGUAUUUACCGUGACAACAGAUGUAUUUACCGUGACAACAGAUGUAUUUACCGUGACAACAGAAGUACUGCAUUUCUAAGCCAUUUAGCUUUGUUCUGUAGGACCUUUUGGAACAAAGCUAUUUAGAUCUGAAUAUAUUUAACAGUUAAAAGAAUGAUAAGGGGAGGUGCUUAAAUGAAUAAAAACAUAACAAACACUUAA